CGCUGAGGGGAGAGCCUGCGCGCUUCGAGGAGGAGGGCAAGGAUGGAGGCGGCCGAGGCCCCGCCCCGCUCCGGGUCGUUCUCCCCUCCGGCGGAGGCAUUGUGACGCUCGGGGCGCUGGAAUACCUGGGGCCGCCGGGGUGACGGGCAGACGAGCAUUCGAAGAAAAUAAAGAAACAUGGACAGCCAUAAAUAUUACUCAAGGGAAUUUUAUGAUCGAUAUGCCCAGGGCCAAGAAAAGUCUGUAGUCAAUAAAAUGCAGCAGAAGUACUGGAAAACAAAACAAACCCUUAUCAAAGUCACAGGGAAGAAGGAAGAUGAGCAUGUGGUGGCAUCUGAUGCAGAUUUGGAUGCAAAGUUGGAGCUGUUCCAUUCAAUUCAGAGGACAUGUAUGGAUUUACUUAAGGCUAUUGAACUAUAUCAAAAAAGGAUAUGUUUUUUGUCUCAAGAAGAAAAUGAAUUGGGGAAAUUUCUCCGAUCACAAGGUGCUCAAGAUAAAACUAGAGCAGGCAAAAUGAUGCAAGCUACAGGAAAGGCCCUCUGCUUUUCUUCUCAACAAAGGUUGGCAUUGCGCACACCUUUGUGUAGGCUAUACCAAGAAGUGGAGACAUUUAGAUACCGAGCUAUUUCUGAUACAUGGCUGACUGUCAAUCGAAUGGAGCAGUGCCGGACUGAAUAUCGAGGGGCAUUGUUGUGGAUGAAAGAUGUGUCUCAGGAGUUGGAUCCUGAUCUUUACAAACAGAUGGAGAAGUUUAGGAAGGUCCAAGCACAAGUCCGCCAUGCAAAACUGAACUUUGACAAGCUGAAAACUGAUGUUUGCCAAAAAGUGGAUCUUCUUGGAGCAAGUAGAUGCAAUCUUCUGUCUCAUGUGCUAACAACAUACCAGACAACGCUUCUUCAUUUUUGGGAAAAAACAUCUCACACCAUGGCUGCUAUCCAUGAAAGUUUCAAAGGCUACCAGCCAUACGUAUUCACUACGCUCAGGAGCUUACAAGAACCAGUAAAUAAGCUAACAGAGAAUGAAGAAAAGGAAGAGGAACUGCAGCUGGAGAACACCAAAUCAAAAGAGGAUCAGCAGAGUCAGUUGAUUUCAUUAGAUGACGAAAGCCACCCCAAGGAAUUGGCAAGCUCAGCAGAAGAUGCCAAGGAUAUCCUGAGUACUUUUGAGGAGAGCUUCAACCACAGAGAGAGUUCAGGGGCUAUAGAUGACUUAUUAGACUUGAAACCUGAGGGAAAUGCAGCAUCAAAGGACCCACAUGCAACCUUCUUGGAGCCUGAUAAGGACGAUAUUCUAUUGCUGAAUGAGAUUCUCAAUGCAUCUUCUUUGGAUGAUGGUGAAUUCAGCAGGGAAUGGACAGCUGUCUUCGGAGAGGAUCCACUUGCUGACAUAACCACUAAUUCUUCUGGAGGAGAAAUGGAGAUCAAUCAGUCAACAUCAUCAUCAUCACCUUCAGGCUUUCUUCCUUCUCAGCUUUUAGACCAAAAUAUGAAUGAUUUACAGUCCUCCCUUCAAGGUUGGGCGGCCAGCAGUGUUAGUCCUUCCCCUGCACCUCAGACAGCACAAAAAUCCAGUGGCCUGGUCAUGAACAUCAACAAGACGCCUAUGAAAGAAGCUGCAAGUACCUCUAAAGAUUUAACUGCUUGGUUUAGCCUCUUUGCUGAUUUGGACCCCUUGUCCAAUCCAGAUGCUGUUGGGAAAACAGAUAAAGAACACGAAUUGCUCAAUGCAUGAGUUGUCUGCCUUCACCCUUCAUCAACUCUGUUCUUGGGGCUUUAGAGGAUUUAUAGAACGAGAUCAGUGUGCUGCUGUACAACUUCUCACAUCUGUGCCAUUCUAAUAAAAUCAAAGGGAUUGACCCUCCCCUUUCUAUA